CAGAAACCUCCCUCCUCCUCCGCACUGUGGGAGGAGCUCUGCCCCACACUUGUUCACAAAACUUCCCCUAUUCACUUUUCUUUGAUUCUUCUUGUCACUACUGCUUAUGUAGUUGCCACCAUUUGCUCACUCACUCCCUCGCCUCUCCCCUCCACCACCAGCACAACCGCCAGGCAUUUCCACAAGGCGUGCAUGCUCCAGCUCACAAGUGUCGAGCAACGGAAGUUAAUAUAUAUUUUAUCCCGGUCACUUAUUUUCUUGUUGCCAGGGUCUUUUCACUUGGGGGCAGUCCGGCAACGUGACCUGAAUUGACAAUUAGCUGCGGCGGUGCAAGGAUGGGAUUCCGCACGGAGGGCCUCGUCUGCCUUCUCACGCUGACGCAAGGUGUGUGCUGGGCAUUUAAUAUUGGAACCAAAAAUGCCCAGUUCUAUGACGGCCCUGAAGAUGCCCAGUUUGGCUACACUGUGCGGCAGUAUGCGGAGAGAUCCAGCAAUUGGCUGUUGGUUGGGGCGCCCAGCUUGUUGUCAUCUGGUCCACGAACCGGGGACUUGUACAAGUGUCCUGUCCCCUCACGUAAUGGGAACUGUGAGAAGCUGCAGUUCAGUGAUUCCAUCACCAUCCCGGAUGUGUCGGAGGUGAGGGAGAACAUGUCUCUGGGGCUGAGCCUGGCCGUCCACCCCAGGACCAAGAAUAUCAUGUCCUGCGCUCCGCUCUGGGCUCACGAGUGUGGAAGUCUGUAUUUCCCCGUGGGUGCCUGUGCUGUGGCUGGAUCUAACUUCCGGCAGCUUGGAAGGCCAUUUGCGCCGACUAUGACAGGCUGCCGUUCUUUCCUGGACAUCGUCUUUGUUCUCGAUGGCUCCAACAGCAUCUGGCCCUGGCCGUCCGUGCUGGAUUUUCUCAGCUCCAUCCUGGAGACAUUCCCCAUUGGGCCUGGGCAGACGCAGGUUGGCAUCAUGCAGUACGGGGAAACUGUGAGCAAUGAGAUGAGCCUCAACAAGUUCACCAACAAAGCGCAGCUGAAGAUUGCAGCCAGCAAAAUCCCUCAGCGCGGAGGCCAAGUCACCAACACGGCCAUGGGCAUUGAGACAGCACGGGCGACCGCAUUUUUGCCGGAAAACGGCGGAAGAGCCGAGGCGUCCAAGGUGAUGAUUGUGGUGACAGACGGGGAGUCAUCUGAUGCCUACAAACUGCCAGGGGUGAUCGAGGCUUGCAACAAUGACGGGAUCACUCGCUUCGGCAUUGCGGUUCUGGACUACUACCUAAGUUCCAACAUUCCUGUGGAAAAACUCCAAGCGGAGAUCCGCUCAAUCGCCAGCACGCCCACAGAGAAAUACUACUUCGACGUCAAGAGCACAGGAGCACUCGUGGACAUCACCAAGGCCCUUGGGGAACGCAUCUAUAGCCUGGAGGGAACCAGCGACAUCUCAACGUUCGAGAUGGAGAUGUCAGAGGCUGGAUUCUCCAUACUCCCCGUGAAGGACGGCUGGCUGCUGGGGGCGGUGGGCGCUUUCGAUUGGCUGGGCACCGUGCUGCACGUGCCCGACGCGGGCGGCGCCGGCUCCGUGCUGCUGCCCCCAGCCGCGCUGGCCGCCGAGUUCCCGCCGUCUCUCAAGAACCACAACACCUACCUCGGGUACUCGCUCUCAUCCGCAAGCCUGCAGGGGAAAACCCUGUACAUCGCGGGAGCACCUCGCUACAACCACACGGGCAAGGUGGUCACGUUCGGCAGGGACGACACCUCCACGGAUUACGCUAUUCGCCAGGCCCUGGUCGGGGAACAGAUCGGUUCGUACUUUGGCGGGGAGGUGUGCGCCAUGGACGUGGACGGGGACUCGGUGUCGGACGUGCUGCUCGUGGCCGCCCCCAUGUUCAUGGACUCGUCCCGCAAAGAGACGGGCCGCGUCUACCUCUACACGUUCAGCCCCCAGGGUGUGCUGGAGUGGAGCGCUCACCUCUCGCCGGCCGAGAGCCAGGACUCGCGCUUCGGCUCGGCUCUGGCCGCCGUCCCCGACCUCAACCAGGACGGCUGGGGCGAGCUGGCGGUGGGGGCUCCGCUGGAGGACGAGCGCCAGGGCGCUGUCUACCUGUUCCAGGGCUACGGCCGCUCCCUACGCACCACCCACGUGCAGCGCGUCGCGGCAUCCGCACUCGGCCCGAAUCGCCUCCAGUACUUUGGCCGCGCGCUCCACGGCAUGCUGGACAUGGACCGGAGCGGCAUCCCCGACCUCGCCGUCGGGGCCAACGGCAAGGCCGUGCUGCUGUGGUCCCGAGCGAUCGCACGGGUCUCGGUGACGGUCAAAUUCAACCCGAACAAGAUCAACAUGAUGGACAAGACAUGCAAGGGGAUGGGGCAGGACGCUGUUUGCGUGAUGGCACAGAUGUGCCUCAGUGCCAACGUGCGGCCUGCUCAAAUGGCCGGCUCUCCGCUUGAGCUGGUGUACAACAUGACUCUGGACCCCGUGCGGUCGGUGUCGCGCGCUCACUUUGUCGGCGGGGUGGAGCGCACCCUGCAGGGCACUGCGACCGUCCGGCCAGAUACCUCCUCCCCGUUCUGCAGGGACUACACUUUCUACGUGAUGGAGCUCGCCGACAUCGUGAAGCCGCUGGAGCUGCGCGUGGACCUUGCCCUGAGAGACCCCGAGCAGGGGCCCGUGCUGGAUGCGGAGGAGCUCAGCAGCAAGAUCUUCGAGCUGCCGUUCACCAAGGACUGCGGCACCGACGAGCGCUGCGAGACGGAUCUGGUGCUCACGCUGGAGCACGAUAUCAAGGGCACACGGGAGUCUCCGUACGUGGUGAGGUCGGAGAGGAAGAAGCACGUGGUGUCUAUCACACUGGAGAACCGCGGAGAGAAUGCCUACAACACCCGGCUCAACUUCACCUACUCGCCAAACCAGGAACUCCGCAACAUCGACACGGAGGACGGGGAUGUGAGCGUCGACUGCACAGUGCCCAAGGACCAUCCACACUCACAGCUCUGCAAGAUCGGAUUCCCGGUGUUCAGAGAGAGUGCCAAGAUGAUGAUACGGUUUAUAUUUGAGUUCAGCCGCAAAAAUAUCAUGAGCACCGCUUCGUUCUCCGCGGAAGUGAAAAGUGAUAGCGAGGAGACGGCCCAGCAGCUGGAGAACAACUCCGCACGCAUCUCUGUCCCCCUUUAUUACGAAGCCGACAUCAUCUUGUUCAGGGACUCGAACCUUGCACAGCUGGAGGUGAAUGACAAAGCACAACGACUGGACAUCAUUAAGGGGUUGGAUGACAUCGGUCCUGAAUUGAAAUACACUUUUAAGGUCCAGAAAUUUGGAUUCCCUCUUCCGGAGGAAAUUAAACUCAAGAUCUCCCUGCCGAUGUUCACCGCGCAGAAUAACCGCCUGCUCUACGUGACCAACGUUCGCUCUUCCCCGCCGGAGAUGAUAACGUGUGACACCGCUGGCAUCGUUGAUCCCCUGAACAUCGCCAAGCAUCAGUACGAGGUGCAGCAAACCACGGAGGACCUGUCUAACGUGGAGGAACUGACAUGCCCAGAUGUCCAGUGCUCUGUGUUCACGUGCACGCUCGGCCGGCUGGACGAAGAAGAUGCGUCGGUCACCGUCACGUCCCGGUUCUGGAACACCACCUUCGCCACGGCCAAGUUUAAAUCUGUGAAGUUGGUGUCCCGCGGGAGGCUGGAGUUGGGCCCUUCCUCAUUCUUAUUAAUUCCAAAGGGCAGCGAAGAGAGGACGGUGGAGCUGGAGGUCACGAGGCUGGAAAACGGUGAAGUUCCGGUCGGAAUCAUCAUUGGGAGCAUCAUUGGUGGUCUCCUGCUGCUGGCUCUGCUCAUCUUUGGCCUCUGGAAGCUGGGAUUUUUCCGAAGGCGCUACAAGCAGCUGCUGCAGGAUGCAGGCCCAGAUGGUGGCGAGACCAACCCGCUGUCAGAUAUGAACACCGUCGAAGAGUAGAGCACACUGCUGCCUGCCUGCCUGCCAGCCAGCCAGGGGACAGCAGCAGCCUGCGAGCAAGCUGAUAAAACACACACGAGUGAAAAUAAUAUAAAGCAUCAAGAACUGCCUGAAGGCUGCAGUUAAGUCAUCCGGUUCUCUGUUAGAUCCAAAAAGAGAUUUUCAGAUAUACGUGUUUUUUUUUCUUUAUUUGUUAAAAAAAAAAAUGGGCAUGUAAAACAAUGAUGGUGGUUGUAAGCCACACCGUGCGUUCUGUUGGUACUGCCGGUUUCAGUUUGUGCUGACUUUUGGGCCUGCCUUGCUGUCGCUGCACGCGCGCUAAUGAAAUAUAGAAAAAUGUAUAUUCAGGCCUGGUGCUUCGACUGCUCAGCGGUUACCCGGGGCACGUCCCAUGAUUUCUGGAACACCUUUGGGCUGCUGAAUUGGCUUCACUGCAGCCGGGUUUACUUGCCUGCUUAAGUGGCAAAAUAAUUAGGAACGGGAGGGCUAUUUUCUUAAAUAUAUGUACAUAUAGAAUUGUUGGAGACCCGAUAGUGUAAUGCAUCACUGUGUUUUUGUGAUCCGGAGUCAAGGGUCACGCUCACAAAGGAAGGGGGCUGGCCUCCUAAGAAAUGUGCACACGUGAGCUCCAUCUCCCCAGCGACGGUGCGAGAACUCACUCAGGACCCAAUAAGGUCAAAGGGCAUUGGCACAAACUCAUUCAUCCACUGCCACAUCCCAUUCCUGCACAGCCUUGAUGGUUCCUCAACAGCACAGCCAAAUCGAGCACUCAGGACCAUGACCCGUGAAAAUUGCUAAAUACAAAUAUGAAUGAGGUUUAUACAGCAUAUAAAUGCAGCUGUCACAAGACGUUGUUCAAAAGUAGAACAUGUGCAUUGUAGGCCAAGACUUGGAACAAGGAAAACGUAUAAAUAUAUAUGUACAAAUGGGGGGGGGGGGAAGGGGGGGGUUGGUUAAUAGGCAGUGGAGAAGAGGACGCUAUUGAGCAUAAACCUCAACAGAUGGAGACAGAUGGAUGAAGAGCUGGCAACACGGAUGGCUGGGAGAGAAGCGAUUCCAGACUACAGCAGCAGCAGCAGCGAAGGAGUGACCUCCCUUUCAACAGAGAUUGACUUAUGGUUUCAGGAAGAACACCUUAGUUACUAAAGCGGAGAGCAUAUGAAUUAAAAUUUAUAUAUCGUAGCUUGAAAUUUCAGCUUUGUACAAGUUGUAUUUGACCUUGCCAGAGAGAAUAUCAACGUGCGAUUGUGUAACUGCGGAUUUGCAUGCUGCCUGAGUGAAAUUAACCAAUUGGUCAAGGAGCCCCGAGCCAAGGGAAAAACGUAGCCAACCGCAGACGCCAGUCUGGGUGUUCUGCUGGAGAACAAUUCUGAGAUCGGGAGGGGUAAUAUUUUUGUCAUUUGCAUACAAGUGUUUUCGAGUUAAGGUCGUGCCAAGGAAUCUUGUCCCAUUUUAUCGGUGUUGCACUCAGUUGUGUGUAUGUGUGUGUUUUUAAAACAAAUUGUAAAAUACAAUAUAGAUUCAAGCGUAUUUUGUUUAGCGAGAUGAGAACUCAAGAGACCAGGAUAUUGUCUCAUUUAAAUCUCCUUGUUCUUUAAUAUAUGAUUGGGAGGGUGCCUUUAGCGUUACUGUUGAGAUCAUAACCACAGUACGAACGCCGAUGACCAUUUUGAUUAAUACUUUAUAGAUUGCGUUAUGCACAAAGGACGUGAAAGGAUUUUCAACAAAACCAUGCAUAGCACCUUAAUAUUUAAAUCGCUGCACUCUUCCGGGUCUUCACUGGGACCACGUUGUCCAGGAAGCAUGGUUCUCAGGUCAAAGUUUGCUGUUACUUAUUGACUCAUACCUCCGUGAUGGCCGGAAUGGUGGCCAGUUUCAGCGGUAAAUUAUUAAGGUUUUAGACCCCAGAGUGGGCCAAAAUAACAGCACAGUACAAAUAUUUACCGUUGGGUAUUUCCAUGGUAACUGAAAUUAUAUACCUAUAUACUCCAAAUGUAUAAAUAUACUUUUUGUUAUGCCCUACAUUAAUAGAACACAUCAACAUACAUUGCAUUCAUUACGAAAAUCAUAGCAGGCCUCCUCGUGAAAACUUUUGAUUAUUCGUAGUCACGGUGUCUACUCUAAUUACACUUCCAUGGAUUAUUUCUGCAUGGUCCAGCAGCACAGUUGGUAAAAAAGGUAUUUAUGUUUACCUGCCUUUUUUUCCUUCCACAAUGCAGGACAAUUUUUCAAUGACCAUCGCUGUUGACAAGGGGCAGAUGCAACGUGAAUGGUGGUGGUUGUAAAACAGAAAAGGGCUUUAGUUGGCAUGUCUUGAAAUACAUUCUUACGCUCAUGAUACAUCUGUCGUAUUGUGCGAGGCAAUCAUUGUUGUUCUACACUUAAUGCAAAUAAUACAAAAAUGCUGUUUUUACUAAUAUUACAUUUAGGGUGAUGGCGUGAACAAAACUGCAAAUGUGACAAAAAAAGUGCGAAACAGUACAAACGAGGCAGUAAAAAUGAGACGUAACAUAUUAAAUCAAAUCACGACCCCAAAUUUGUAAUAAUUAAUUGAAUCUCUAGGAGGGUGCAUUGCUACUGUCCACUCUUUCAUGUUCUUUCGGGAUAGUCACGUAGGUGAAAAAAUAAAGAAUAAAAAUAGAAAUAACUAAAUUAAAUCAUCAGGUGGGACAACCACAGCAAAAUUACUGUAGUGCUGUGAUUGUCCCACCUGAUGACGGAAGCUUGUGUUGCUUCCGAAACAUUGUGAUUUAAUUUAGGUUAUUUCUAUUUUUAUUCAGUAUUUUUAUUUUUAAUUUUCACCUACGUGACUUUACCGUAAGAACCAGUCAGGUUCCACUCAGCUUCAACUGGUGGCAAUGUAACUCUAGGGUUCUACUGCCCCGAAAGGCAUGAAAGAGUGGACAGUAGCAAUGCACCCUCCUAGAGAUUCAAUUCAUUAUUACAAAUUUGGGGUCGUGAUUUGAUUAAAUAUUUUUGCAGUCACGAAAACUUCAAAUCUAGAACUGAGUGGAACCUGACCAUGUUCCUGGGUUUUUUUUGGCAUCAAUGCCACUCAUACUGUCGCGUGAAAGGUUGUUGUGUCAUCUGUGUUUAGUUUACGGUUAUCAUUUUUCUUCAACUCGAAAAGUUUGUACAUUUCAUUGCACUAGAAUUUUUUGAAGCUUUUAAAAGGUGAUCCUGGUUUCGAGGCGCUGUCCAUGUUGGGGGUACGCUCAGUGUUUGUAUUUAUUGAUUACUUCAAAAAUUAAGGUGUUUUAUAUUUUUGUUGCUAGCUACAGUCUUAUGCGUGGUAUGUUGUUGCUUUUUCCAAUACAAGCAAAUAACACUG